GAGAGCCUCGGAGCUGCGGCGGCGCAGGAGGGGGCGGUUCGGCGAGGGCGCGGCCUCUGGGAGGGGGGACGCGCGACACGCAUUCCCCGUGCUCUCCCGGGCCACUCGGGAAGCUCGCGGCAGCCCGCUGCCCCACUGGGCCACCCUCUCCGCGAUCCUUCUUUGCACCUACCUCCUCUUGUCACCUCCCGUCUCACCCUCCUCGCUCCAUCCUACCCUCCCACCCCCCCAUCGCAUUCCCAGCCACCCGAGCGCCUCUGAGAGCAGGAGGUGCUGCGCUGGGCUGCAGGGCGCGCCCUCCAAAGGUCCCCAGCUCGACAUUGGGGGGCCACGAGCGACAGCAUGGACACCAAGCGCUGCUUCGCCAACCGCUUCGAUGACUACCAGGGCAGCCUGCUGGCGGGCCAGUGCGAGGAGGCAGUGGCGCCCUUGGUCACCUCUACCAUCGAACGCAUCCUUCAGGAGCUGCCCCCUCUGGGGGGCGGCGCUGAAGCCCGAGGGGCGACGGCGGCGGGCAGCAGCUGCCAGGGGGGUCUGUACAGCGGCGUGGCCGGGGUGGCCUACAUGCUCUACCACGUCUCGCAGAGCCCGCUUUUCGCCGGGGCCCGAGAGCGCUACCUGCGCUCCGCCAAGCGCCUCAUCGACGCGUGCUCCCGCUCCGAAGAGUGGGGCGAGCCGGACGCCGACACCCGCGCCGCCUUCCUGCUGGGGGGCGCGGGCGUGCACGCGGUGGCCACGCUGGUGUACCACGCCCUGGGCCGCUCCGACUACGUGCAGCCCCUCAGCAAGUUCCGGGCUCUCUGCGCCGUCUGCGCGCCCGUCUCCUUCCUGGAGUGCGGCUCCGACGAGUUGUUCGUGGGCCGCGCCGGCUACCUGUGCGCCGCGCUGGUGCUCAAGCAGAAACUCGCCCAGGAGGUACUGACCCCAGCACAAAUUAAAUCAAUAUGCCAGGCAAUUCUGGACUCUGGGAAGCAGUACGCUCUGAAGAAGAGAAAACCAUUCCCUCUGAUGUAUUCUUACUAUGGAACUGAAUAUUUGGGGGCAGCUCAUGGCCUGUCAUCCAUUCUCCAGAUGCUUCUUUCUUACCAUGAACAUCUCAAGCCUUCAGAUCAGGAGCUGGUGUGGCAGAGUGUGGACUUCCUCAUGGAACAGGAACAGAAUUGCAACUGGCCUCCUGAGCUCGGAGAGACCAUCGAGAGAGAGAACGAACUGGUCCACUGGUGCCACGGUGCUCCAGGAAUUGCUUAUCUGUUUGCCAAAGCUUAUCUCGUUUCCAAGAAACCACAGUACCUGGACACAUGUAUCCGGUGUGGGGAGCUAACAUGGCAGAAAGGCCUGCUGAAGAAGGGGCCAGGAAUUUGCCACGGUGUAGCCGGCAGUGCCUAUGUUUUCCUUCUGCUGUACCGUCUUACAGGAAACUCCAAGUACAUCUACCGUGCCCAAAGGUUUGCUCAAUUCUUAUUCACUGAAGAGUUCAAAGCCGGUUCACGGGUUCUUGAGAGCAUAUACAGCUUGUACGAAGGCUUCUCUGGCACUGUUUGCUUUCUCAUUGAUUUGCUGCAGCCCAAUCAGGCUGAAUUCCCUCUCUUCAGUGUCUUUGUUUAAAAGGUUCCAUCUCCCAUCGCAGCCUGGCAGAAGUCCCCUCAAGAUUUCCUGAGCCUCCUCUAGGCACUUUUCCUCGUAAUCCACAUCCAAUGGUAUCACCACCAUGAGCCUUCCCAUGGCUGCCAGAGGAACGAGGUCCACCUGAUGAAGAAAGUGUGAUACCAGACUAGAGAGAGAGCCUGCCAAAGAUGCCACAACUCAUGUAAAAACCACAGAUUUAACGUUUCAGGGGAGAGAUGUGAAAACCCAGGAUCAGAGAGAAAAGUGAAAGAAAAAGAAUGUUUUUCAGUUUGUGACACCGAAGGCAAAAUGAACUGGAGAUGAUGGAGACGGAAUGCCAGCCCGUUCCAACUGGAGAGCAGAUUGGACCAUCUGUGCAGCUCCACCCCUCAAUUCGGGAGCGAAGACGAUCUAAAUAAUCUAAAAAUAUAUCAAAUAAUUCUGCCCUGUUAAAAACUGUUAGCAGGGAUCAAGUGUCAGGAUGAAGGACAUGAAAAGGAACCCUUGAUUGUCCUGGGCCAUUUUUCUGAGUGGAGAUAUUUGCAUAUGUAUGUGGGUUGUUUUUUUUUUUUUAAAUCACUAUCCUGGGCACUUUAAAAACAUCAUAUCAUAACUUAUUUUAAAUCCUGAAAUUUGAAGCUUCCUUAGGCCUUAGAAUAUCUCUUUCCCUAGUUUUGUUUUCUUUCCUAGAGCUCAGAACAGUAAGAUUCAGGGCGGAAAGGAGUGUAGUUUGAGUGACAGCCUAAGCUUAGUAGCUUAGGGGCGUGGCUUGUUUAGCAUGCAGUUCCAUGUCUAGCGCUGCAAACAAAAAGGAAGACAGGAAAAUUCAUAUCUAGCAAAUAAGUGUUUUUAUCAUGUGUUUGUCUCGAUUUGAAGUGUGACCUGUAGAUUGUAUAUGCUAGUAAUUCUUCAAAUGCCUUUAUCUUUAUAAUCUCUAUGAAGCUAUUAGACUGUAAAAUAUGCUCUCUGUGAUAAUCAUUCAUCUAAAAAUCAGGGUAACUACCACAAAGGUAAGUCAUUUCUGUCUUUCUUAAAAUACUGAGAAUACUGUGAAAGACAUGGAAUGAGGAAAGUGCAAGUCGUUCUAGAAAGAAUGUUGCUCCAUUUUAUCUGAUUAGAUUAAGAAUGGAAUGAACUCCCUGGCUGGUCACCUUACCUUGCAAAACACAGGACAUGCUAGAGCUUGGCUAUCAUACCAGUUGAUUCUAGUUACCAUAUUAAGUAUACUUCUGCUAUAAACACAAGUUAUAAAAAUUCUUCAAGUCGAUAGUGGAUUGCUGGACACUAGUAGGAGCAAUGCCACUUUAGUACACAGAAUAUGAAUUUACCACAGUCCUGGGAUUUAACCAUUGAAGUUCAAACAUCAUAUUAAGAAAACAGUUGUGCUGGAUGUCAUUAUUUCAGUAACCAUUAGAUAUUUGGAUAUGUAUAUAUACGUAGGUACAUAUGUGUAUAUGGUACAUUUUUUACUGUAUAAACUGAAGCACUGUUUGAACUGUAGAUAGACUUUGGGAGGAGUUAGGUAAUACUUUGCUGCCUAGAAACAUUUGUGUGUGUGCUGGUUUGUGGAGCUGUAUGAACCAAUGGAUUUGUAUGGGUUUGUAUGAAUGUUGUAUGUGUGACCCUAUUUUGGAAAAGAGGACCUCUUGUAUUCAUAAGAUUCUCAAAGAAUCUUACCAAAGAAAAGAACUGUCUUUUUAUAUUUUAUGACUCUUUGUACGUUUACAAGCACCAACACAAGCUGGGACAAAGUGAUUUUUGUAAAACAUGUACCUUGUUGGCUUAUGGUCCCAUUUCACACCCUCAGAUUUCAAUAUAUAAAACUGGCUUUAAUUGCUCAUCUGUGGAAAAUAAUGUUUGGGGUAAAACUUAAUUAGAUUCCAGUUCUUUCUUGAGGAGGGCCAGCACCUUUUGGAAAGCCUUAAGGAAGAUUCUGUGCACAGAAUGUUCUCCUUUUGAAAGGACCAGUGACAGCUGUCUCACCGCCUAAUUUAAAAUGCAUUGGCCAUGGGCCCCACAGGCUAAAGAUAAUAAGCAGCCAGAAUUAGGCCCUUUUUAUUAAAGGAAAACAUGCUUUUAUUGUGUCUGAGCAGCCACUCAGUGUGUAUUAGGUGAUCUCCCUAAACACUUAGAGCUAUGCGGGAGCAAAACAAGGAUUCAAAGUCUGCUUUCUCCUUUGAAGUUCACGUGUUCAGUAUUCCAGCUAAGAAAUAUGCAAGCACCACAGUACACAAAUGACCCUUUCCCUCCAAGGUACCUCCUUUUAAAAAUCUGCCCACUUCUUCCAUCAUUCAUUGUACAGACUGAAAAACCAAAGGACUAUGAAAUAACGCAUAGAUCUGCUGCAUCUGUUAGAUUUCUAGGAGCUUUACAAAAACUAGACCUACCUUUUUAAUAUGUAAUAGAGUGACUAACUUUGUGCUGAUCGUUCUGAAAAGGUCACUAUUUUUGUAUAUCAUAUCUAAAAAAGGGUCAUGUUUGGAUGUGGUCUUUCUGAAGUACCACUUCAGUAAAUAUAAAACAAGGAUACACUUUUUUGGGGGCUGUUAAACCUAUCAUUGAAACUUUGCAUUUUCCUGAAAGAAAAGCACCAUUGGUUUGGGAGGGUCCUCUUCUAUCUUAUUUUCCCAAGAAAGGGAGGAAAGACGCAUAUUUUCAGCAGGAAAGUAAGUCAUGUAAUUUAUUUCAUUAUCAGUUUCAUGUGUAGUAACAUUCUUAAUGUUAAAGCAUGCUCUCCCUUGAAAGUUACUGUGUCAUUUCUUUAAGAUUUAUUUUUUAUUAUCUUUAUUUACAUGUCUGUGUGUGGAUAUGUGCAUGAGAGUGCUGGUAUCUAUGGAUGCCAGAGGUGUUAUAUCUACCUGGAGCUGCAGUUAUGGACAGCUCUGAGCCACCUGAUGUGAAUUCUUGGAAUGGAAAUCCAGCGUGGGUUCCCAGAAAGGGGGGAGCCCGUGCUCUUAACUGCUGAGCCAUCCCUCCAGUUCUUACUAUGGCACUGUUCAAGCUUUAGGACUAUUUUCUGUUGAGGACAAACAAUUCUGAAUGCUGAGUGGAGAUGUUUGAGGAUACAUGGAAAGAGUCUUAGUAAUAAGGAAGGAGACUACAGUAUACUUGGAUAGCUAUAUAUUUUGUAAGGCACUGUAGGUUGUGGCAUUAACAGUUACAUACCUUUCCUUCCACUCUUUAACUGUCUAUAUUUAAUUUGCCCUAUCUCAUUGCCACUUUACUUCUUUUCAGCCAGUAACCUGAUAUUUGAAGAGAACAGAAGUUUGACAGUGUAUAUUUCCCACUGUUUUUUCCCCAGGCAAUUGACCAUGUUGUUAAGGUAUUCAAUUAUGACAAUUCAUUACACAGAACAAUUUACUUGAUCUGUAGUCAACUCCCAUCUCUUCUGGCAACUUACUUCUUUAGCUUUCUUUGAGAUUUUAAUCAAAGUGUUAUGCAAAUUGUUUUGGUUUCUGUAGCGAGUAUAUCUCAGCAAUUUUGAUGCAAGAAAUACAAGUUGGGGAUUUAUAAGCAGGCUAAGAAAGUAUACACAGGUUGAGGGUGUCACUAUGUAGUAGAACACUUAUCUAGCAUGCAUGUAGCCAUAGGCCCCAGUCCCACCAUUAGGAACAAAAAAACAUAAAUGAAAAUACACAAGUAAAAGGAAGCAGCGAUGCCAAGAGAACCGUGUUAGAAAUCCCAAAGCCUUUUUCUGCCACUUACUUGGGGCACUGUAUGUAGUUAGGUGCCUUGUCUAAUUCAUAGACUUGUCAUAGGAGUUAUUUGUAGGAUUCUUUAUUAUUUAAAAAAGUUUCCAAAUUUUAAGUUCCUACUAUGUACAUAGAAAAUUAUGCUCAGUUAACAUUUAAAACAAAACAAACACAUGUCAUAUGACGAUGCAGCGCUUGAGGUCCAGGACACUAGAUGGGUAAAAUGCAAGUGUAUACAUUUUAUAUUCUACCACCAAUUCUGACUGUGCUGUUUGUGCCUCGGAAGGUCUGACUUGAAAGAAUUUCCUACAGAGGAAUGGGUGGUGUAGCCUAGAAGCUCUCUUUAACACAAAUAUUUAUUUUGCUAACUGAAAAUAAAGGAUUGUGGUGCCAAUAACUCGAGAAAAGGGUCAGCCAGGCCGUAACUAUAUAGCAAAAAUGAACUGGGAAAUAGGAUAAUUUAACGCUGAUUUUGAUCCGUAUGUUAAUUUGGUCCUCAGAAGUGGGUUGCCUAUAGGAAUUGAAUUGUGAGGCCUCCCUUAAAUUAUUUACUAUGUCUCAAAUUAAUAGCUGGAACAACUAAGCCUCAAAUUUACCAAGGUCAUGUGAUCUUAGCAUAAAUGUGGCUAGGAAAGCAAGUGAGAAGGCAGGAUCAGGGCUUGGGGCUUACUUACCGAAGCUCAGCAUCUGAAGGUAAUUUCUACAUGUGCAUUUAAUGGCACUAACAAUGAGUAUAGUCUUAUCAACUUUUUGUUUUUUGCUUCCUGGAGUCUCUCUAAUCCUAAACCACCUUCAAUUCAGCAUGUGUCAUCAUCUCUCUCUAAGUAUCUCAUUCUGAUAAUGGAUUUUUUUCUAUGUCUGUUUAAUCACACGCAUGACCUCUUUUCUCCUGGGAAGGCAGACUUCCUCCAUAUCUCUGUCCACAUCUGUUCCUAGCUAAGAGCAUGGGGCUCAAUGAGACUUAACUCCACUUUGGAUAGAUGGGCUGACCUCAAGGUCGCUAGCAGCCAGAAUUGGGACUAUUCUGUAGUCUGAUGACAAGUCCAGCCAGGACAAGCUGCCACAAGAGUGCCUGUGCAAUAAGAAUGAAGUAUGGCUACAUGUAUCUUGCUUCCACUCCAUAAAUGGGACUGGUCAUAUGUUUUUAGUGUCAUAAAAAAUAAAAACCAAAGUAGUUCCUUCACGGACUUUGCCCGUGGUCAUAAGUCUUUGACUGGAGGUGCAUUCCCCUUAUUUUAUAAAUUGAAAGUGUUGAUGAAUUGGGACCUCAUGGAUGAUGCUGUUAGGAUUUAAAAGAAUAUUCAUUUCAUCUUCUUUAAAUAUUGAACCUUGUCCUUUUCAUCCAGUUCCCCUCACAAAUGACAAAGUCUCUCAUCUGCAGGAUUUCCUGCAUCUUCAUUUCCUUUUAGGCUAUCUGUUAUUCAUCCCUUCUGAAUUAGCUUUGAAAAGUUAUUUAAACGGAAAACCAAGUCUGUAUUUUUGUUUCGAAUUGGGGUGGAAGGAAGGCUGGUGAAUUGUAUGGUGCACAUGAACAGACUUAUCCUUGUAUUCAGAUUCAUCUGAAAGGCAACAUAGCUCUUUUGUUACAGAAUAACCACUUACUAAAAUGAAACUAGCCAAUGAGUGGAGGGUCUUACAUAAAGACCUAGAUCUUUCUGAAGUGCCCUAAUACACCCCCUCCUCUUAUGCUUUCAGAAAUGACAGGCACUCGAAAAGAAUUGAGAUGGGGAGAAACACCUGUGUGUAUGUGUAAACAAUUCAUAAAUAUAGAAUAAUGCAGUUCUGCUGAAAUUUUCUUCAUAUAUUUUUUGUGUGUGAUGUGUUCUUCAAUAUAUAAUCUUGCAUUGUGUACGAAGUAGCUGUGACUUAGCAAUCAGUUUAAAGAAGACAUAAAAACUCUAUACUGGUCUUCUGACUUCAGCAAAUGACCUUAUUACAACAUAUUUUAGUGGGAUGUCUGAUACCAUCCCCGAUGUUUUAGUAUCUAGGUGUAACUGGCAAUUGCCAGUAAAAUAAAUUGUGUCACUGAAUUUGGUUUAAGUUGAAUGUAGUAAUACUUAUAUGUGGAUAUAGUAAAAUAAGCAGAUUGAUUCAAAUAAUCAGUCUUGUCUGUGUCUUUUAGGACUUUAGUAUUUUAAUAUUAGAGGUGUCUUCUGAAGACUGUAGCAGCAGUAGACUCCUUUUGCUCUUGAAAAUUCAGUAUCGUUUGUAUUAUAUAGAUGUUCCAGGAAUAAGAGUGGAACACUUUAAGUGUAAUAGUUUGGUCUCAGACUCUGGUAAAGGAAAGUCCAGUCUAUAAUAAGGUAAGAGCUUUCCCAACUUGAAACUGCUUGGGGAGCUCUUGGAAGACAGGACUGAGUUUUAAUCUCUUGGAUGUAGCGGUACCAAACUAACAGAAUUUUUAAGAUGGAUUUUGUAGAAUCCGUGAAACAUGUUGAAAAGCCAUAUAUAAGUAGGGACUGGUCAAGCAUCACAUACUAGAGUGAAUAGAAUCUACUUCACCAAGAGGGUUUUCAUUUUUGCACAGUUUGCCAUAUUUAUAAAAAUAUCAUUGUAUCAUCAUUGGGUUAAAAAAAAGUUCAUCUUCCUAAUGGUACAUUUCCUAAGCAGCAAACCAGUGAAACAGCCCAACUAGUAACUUGUCAUUAUAGUCUGGCAGCUCCCUCCUACCUGAAGCUAAGGUAAACAAGCAACCACAGUUUAAUGUACUAUUGAAUUUCGAAGACUUGCUCAGUAAAUUAGUAUUACUAAGAAAGUUGUGCUCUUUUCUCUAUUUCUCCACAGUUACAAGUAAAACAAAAGUAUAAAAAUAAACCAAAUGAUAGGAAUCAGUUAAUAGUACUUUAAAAUCCUUUUCAUUUUUAUUAACAUUAAAUUCAACCCCAGUUAUCUCUUGCAUAUAAGAAAAAUUUUGAAAUACUUGCACACCAAUUGAGAGGCUUUGUAAAAAUGCCUUUUUGCCAAAAUCCAGUUCUUUGACUUCUCGCUAAGUAUUAUAUUUCCUUAGGGUACUUUGAGGUCUUUGAAAGAUAUGUCAGUGGCAGUUCUAGUCUUAGUGCAGAAGAUUUUGCUAAUCAUUUUACUAUAUUAAAAAAUGUUAUACUAUAAUAUUUUAUAAUAAAACAAAAUUAUCAAGUAUUCUGGCAUAUUACAUAUUAUUCUACCCAAACAUCACUUUCUAUAAGUCUAUUACUGUGUACACAUAUUUUUAAAAAACAUCACAGUGAGUAUUUUGGUCCUAGUGAGGAAGAAGAAUGCAAUAUAUGACAUUGAUUUUUCAUGAAAAUGUACUUAAAUGUAGGGCAGGGAAAUGAAGCUGUAAAUGUUUCUCUUCUCACGGGUGAAAUGACCAACGAUAGUUUGGAAAGAUCACCUUAAAUGUUCACCAGAGUUUAGCUUUUGUUAUCUGUUGUUCCUAGAGCAGGAAGGCCACCUGUCAGUUGAAUCUGCCUCUGAUUCACAGAGGGGGUUCACUCACAGUUCACUGCAUGGUGUAAUGACAUCUCUUCAGAAGCAAGACUGACUCCGAAACCUAGUGAUGCACCUUACUAUUUUUUAACUGCUCUUAUAAUACCCAAAACACUGUGAUAUUUCCCAUGUGUUUUCUGUAUUAGUUUUGUACUGUAGAAAAUAAUCUGCCACAAACUGGACUUUAUUGUGUUUAAAAUGAUGUCGCUGGCUUAUUGUCCCCCUGCUCCACAAUAUGGUCCACUUAAUAAUGUAAAACCUGUGAUAAUCCUUUGCCUUAAAAUCUGAUGCUAAAUCAUUAUUGUGUUCUCAUUAAUUACUCCUAGCUACUUGUUAAUUUCCCUUUAAAGCUAACUAUGGUGUCAAAUAAAAUAUUACACGAAUA